AUGUACUUCUGUGGACAAAGUGAAGGGGACAUGUUUACGUUUUUUAAUGUGAUAUUCUUGGCUGUGACAGAUGAACCUCAUUUAAACAUAUCAGUCCUCCAAACUCCAGUACGGGGGUCAGUUUCUCCAGGAGAGUCGGUCACUCUGCAGUGCACGGUCCUCUCUGAGAUCAGAGCAGCAGAUCUCCGAGUGCUCUGGUUCAGAGCUGCUGCAGGACAAUCCUUUCCUGAAAUCAUUUACACUCAUCAGAACAGCAGCAGCCGUCAGUGUGAGAUCAGCUCUUCUACACACAGCUCUGUGUACAACUUCUCCACGAACAUCCUCGACCAGCACCAUACUGGAACUUACUACUGCGCUGUGGCUGCUUGUGGGAAGAUCAUUGUUGGGAAUGGAGCAGCAGUAAAACUCAAGGGGCCUAUGGAUCCUGUUAUAAUCUUUCUGGGAGCAGCUUUGGGAGUGUGUGUGGUUGUGAUCGCUGCUGAAACCUUUAUAAUCUGUAAGAGGAGAAACAGUGACCACGGCAGUGGGAGAAAACAACAAGGUUCAUCAGCAGAGAACACAACCAGUCAGACUGCUGAGAGUCUGAAUUACGCUCCCAUCCAUUUAAAAGAGAACAAAGCCAAACCUGGACGAGUGAAGAGAGAACAGCCUGAAGACAUUGUUUACUCUCAAGUGCGCUCUGAUGCUAAAGCUCAUCGGUCUCAUCGCUAGAUCUCUUUCCUGUAGUGAGCAGUAGUGAAGUUUGGGGAUGUUUUUAUUUUACUGGGAUAUUCAGAGC